AAGAUGAAAUAAUCAAACAUAAAAGAACAAGGACAAUUAAAAGAAAAUACCAGAGAGCAGAAAAAAACAAUAUGAGCUUAAAGGCAACUUUAACUGAAAUUAAGUCAGACCAGAAACUUAGAGAAUGGAUUCUGCUCGAAGAGG